AUGCGGGCCAUCUCGACGGCCCCAUGCUCUCUGGAGCAGCCAGGCCACGGCCAGCUCGCCGGGUUGACCCACCACCUCUACAGCCCGGCAGCAGCGAGCAGCGGCGGCGGCGGCGCGGCGGCCGACGCUGGCGGCAGCAGCCGCGGCAGCGGGCCGCCGCCAGAAGCGGGCUCGCGGGCGUUGCACCCGGCAGCCCUGAACUCUCUCUAUUCCAUGUACUUCUGUGCGUGCUUCGUGGAGCGCACCUGGCGGUUUGGCCUGCCGCUGGUUCUGGCCUUCAUCCCCGGCGGCUUCCAGGCCAUCGCCUGCCUGGGCUUUGUGGCGCCGCUGGCCUGCACGCUGGCAGGCCCCGCGGUGGGGCGCAUGCUGGACUCGGUGUACCGCCCGCUGGGGCUGGGCGCCAUGCUGGUGGUGCAGGACGUCUCCAUCCUGCUCUCCUGCGUGGCGCUGGUGGCGCUGGGCGCGGGCGCGGCCGCCGGCGCGCCCGUCGCCUCCAGCCCGCUGUUUGGCCUCAUGGUGGUGCUGGCCAUGGCCGAGAAGCUGGCCUCCAUCAGCUCCGAGCUGGCCAUAGAGAGGGACUGGGUGACCCAGCUGGCAGGCAAGCAGAAUGUGCUGACGCUGGCGCGCAGCAACGCCUACCUGCGGCGGACGGACCUGUGCACGGAGCUGGUUGGCGCGCUGGUGUUUGGCUGGAUCUACAGCUGGGGAGGGCUGGCAGCCAGCAUGGCGUUCACCGGCGUGGUGGCGGCGGCGGCGGUGCCCCUGCAGCUCCUCUUCAUCCGCCGCAUCGCCGAGCUGGCGCCCAGCGCGAUGCUGCACGGGCGGCAGGAGCCGGGGGCGGGCUGGGCGCGCGUGCCCAACUGGCGCAGCUUUGUCGAGAAUGCGCGGCUCAGGAAGGUGCACGCGGCGGAGGCUGCGGCCAAGCGGCAGCCGCUGCUGGUUCGGGCGAGGGAGCAGGUGGCGCAUGCGCUGGACGGGUGGAAGAGCUACUUCCGGCAGCCCAUCCUGCCCAGCUCCCUCACCUUUGUGCUGCUCUUCUUCAACGUCGUGCUGUCGCCGGGAGGCCUCAUCACGGCCUUCCUCACGCUGUGGGGCUUUGAUGGCCGCGCCAUGGCGGUCUUCCGCGGCGGCUGCGCCACCUGCGGUUUCCUGGGCACCCUCGUCGGCAAGCGGCUGAUCCAGACGCUGGGCCUGCUGCGCGCCGGCGCAGCGGCGCUGCUCAUCCAUGCCUGCCUGCUGGGCGCCGCCACCGUGCUCUACUGCACCCUGCUGUCCGGCCCGCCAGAGCUGGGCCCCGGCGGCCUGGGCGGCGGCGCACGGCAGCUGCUGAUGGGCGCCGGCGCCGCCAACUGGCCAGCGCCGGGCGGCGUGGCACUGCCGGUCGUCAUCUUCGCUGCCCUGGUGGUCAUGUCCCGCAUCGGUGUGUGGUCUUAUGACAUGGUCAACAGCCAGUUGUUCCAGCAAACAGUGGCACCUCGCGAGAUUGCCUCGGCAUCCAGCGCGGAGAUGGCGCUGUGCAGCUUCUCAGAGGUGUUCAUGCUGGGCAUCGCCGCGGUCACCGCCAACCCCCGCUCCUUCCCCAUGCUCGUCUACGCCUCCUUCUCCGCCAUCCUGGCCGCCAACCUGCUGUUCCGCACCUGGGCGCGCGGGGCCCAGCCAUCCGUUGACCUGGCCAUAGCCAACGCGGCCGCCACCUAG